UUGGUGGCCUGUUGGUCAUGCUUUCGGUCUCUUGAGCCGCUUCAUGCUGCCCAGCACAAAGGGGUAUAACUCCGUGACGUCCAAUCUCCACUGGGGCCUAAUCCGGGAUCCCAAGACCUGCGGCGGGGUCAGGGUGGUGGCGGAAGGGACGUGGCUGCCGUCGGCAUCACCCCCGCGGCAAGAAAAGCAAGAGGUAUCCAAACCCCGCGAUGCCCCCCAAACCCCACCUCUUUCCUUUCUUCUUUUAGCGCCCAAUCCCUACUCCAUUCCCCUUCUGCCGUCCCAAAUCUCAGCGCCCAUCUUCUUCUUCUUCUUCGAAAAGUUCUCGUUCGAGCGGUGAGCUCUGUCCCCACCCGGGUGAUCAAGAAGGCAACCUAGAAGGGCGAGGGACAGCCAGAGGCCGAGGAGCUCGUCGAGGCAAUACUGAGAAAAGUGGGAGAUGGGAAGGAGCUGUUGGUGGCAACGCUUAGUAAGUAUGUGAGAUUGGUGAGGACGGAGCAUUGAUUCAUGCUGUUUGAGGAGCUCAGGAAGAGAGGGAUAUCUGGCUUCACUGCUUGGAGAGUUGUUUGUGUGUGUGCAAAUAGAUGGGAUCUGGACCAUUGACGCAGCUGCCUAGCUUGUUGAUCAGUUUAAUGUUGGAUAGCUUAGCUUGUUGAUCAGUUUAAUGUGAAUAUCUUGCCAGUGUUUCAUAUAUAACAGAAUUGAGGUGUCAGUUUGAACAAGCAACAGUUUUACUCUAUAGCCAAAAAUGGCAAUCUUGUCAAAGCUACGAUGUAUCACUGUUGAUGUAACUGGUACUCUAAUAGCUUACAAAGGCCACCUCGGGGACUACUACUGCAUGGCGGCUAAAGCAGUAGGGCUGCCCUGUCCAGAUUACAAACGCAUGCAUGAAGGCUUCAAGGCAGCAUACACGGACAUGGCAAAAAGGUACCCGUGUUUCGGCCAUGCUGCAAAAGUACCAAAUGUUGAUUGGUGGAGAUCAUGUGUGAAGGACUCUUUUAUCAGGGCAGGCUAUGAGUAUGAUGAUGAGACGUUUGAGAAGGUAUUCAGACGCAUAUAUUCAGCUUUUGGUUCUUCUGCACCCUACUCCAUAUUUCCUGACUCACAGCCCUUCCUGAGAUGGGCACGUCAAAAGGGCCUCAUUGUUGGAAUUGUGAGCAAUGCAGAAUACCGGUAUCAGGAUGUCAUCCUUCCUGCCUUAGGACUGAAUCAGGGAUCAGAAUGGGACUUCGGUGUUUUCUCAGGCCUCGUGGGUGUUGAAAAACCAGACCCCAGGAUAUAUGAGAUUGCACUGGAGAAGGCUGGAAAUAUAGCACCAGAAGAAGCACUUCACAUCGGGGACAGCAUGCGUAAGGACUACAUCCCAGCCCGGACUGUGGGAAUGCAUGCCUUGCUUUUGGAUAGAUUUAAGACACCAGAUGCGGAGAGUUGGAGACAGUCUGGUGCUCUUGUGCUCCCCGAUAUUAUGGCUGUUCAGGAUUGGCUUAUCAAGGAAGUAGGGCUUGCAGCUGGCCAGCAAGCGUAGCAAUCUAUAAUACUGGUACAGUUUGUCCAACAUCCCUGAUAAAUGAGAAUGUUAUUUCUCUCUUUUAUUUAUUUUUUUAAAAAAAAUUAUCUGUUGGGGGGACACGGUGCCACCAAUUGUAAUUCAGCAGGGUGGUUAUGAGUUUUCAGAUAGGAGAAAACCACCUGUAAGUGUUACUAGACUUGCAACUGGUGACAUCAGUAUGGGAUAUCAGUCUUAAGAAUUUCUGAAGAGGUGAAUCAUAUUUGAAAACAUGUCAAUCUUGUUGUCUUUAGUUUAAUUUUAUCACCUAGAAGCUCAAGUAAUAUUGUGAAGGUAGGGGUAUAGCGCAUCAAGUUCAUCUUCUGAAGUGCAGUUUGGGUCGAGAAUUUCCUACGAUGUUGUUUAUUUGAAGCAGGAAUAUGGAUGGUUCUCAUGCAGCCCACAUUAAUACCAUUUGUUGUUCGCAUGCUGAGAGGAAGCAACAGAGGGGAAUCACUGGUAAAGAGAAAAAAAAAAAAAAAAACCUUACGCAAUUUAGCUGAGGACAUGAUUCACUUCGGCUGCAAUUGCAAGGUAACUCAAAUGCAAAAUUAUCCACCUUAUCUGAAUGACAGCUUGUUUGAUUGGUUAGG